UAUUGGCUCUGAUUUAUAUCUUUGUUAUGUUUUUGGUUUUGAUGGUAAGCUGUGGGGGAGGGAGUCUGGAUGGUACGGUCAUUGUUAAAAUCGUACUAUGCUUCAAGAUCAACAAUAUCCAAAGUAUGUCUACGGCGUCGGAUGCAGUGGCUCAAGCAGGCGGAGUAGGCUUGAUAUACGCCCAGAGCCGGGAUGACAAUAAAAUCCUCUGCACCAUCCCGUGUGUCAAGGUUGAUCUUGAGGUUGGGGCUCGUACCCUCACAUACAUGAGGCAAUCUAGGACUCCCAUGGCCAAGUUGGGUACACCCUCCAACUUCAUCACCAGCGUGGCCUCGCCCAGGGUGGCCUUUUUCUCGUCCCGUGGCCCCAGUUCGUUAUCUCCGCAUAUUCUCAAGCCUGAUAUUGUGGCCCCAGGAGUGGAUAUUUUGGCAGCGUCCCCGUCGGUACAUGGAGCCGUGAGGUACAAAUUGGAUUCGGGGACAUCCAUGUCCACACCUCACGUAGCCGGAGUCGUGGCCCUCAUCAAGGCUGAGCACUCUGAUUGGUCACCGGGGGCUAUUCGUUCUGCGCUCAUAACCACCGCAAGGACUACAAGUCAAAGCGGUGGGGAUGACAUACGAGAUGGAGGGGUCAUGGAUAAGGUCACCAACAUGUUCGACAUUGGUGGGGGGCUUGUCAACCCGAUAGAGUCUCUAGACCCCGGUCUAGUGUACAACACCACCAUGGAGGACUACCACCUGACCCCAAACCACAACCACCUCACCAACCUUCCAUACAUCAUCAUUCCGGACCUUGGGAUUACAAAAGUCACAGUGACCCGGACGGUUACCAAUGUGGGUCCGAACAAGUCUGUUUACAAACAAACACUAAAGGCUCCUUUCGGGACGAUAAUGAAAGUUGAACCUAGGACUCUGCUGUUUAAUGACACAAAGACGACAACUUUCCGGGUAACAUUCGUUCGAACCAUCAAGGUCCAAGGAGGAUUCAGAUUCGGAAGUCUUACAUGGAGUGAUGACCACGGACAUCAAGUUCGAAUCCCUGUAGCUGUUCGUGUUAUCGAAUUUGGCAUGUUCGGAGAUGUAUGAUUGAGUUGGCUAAUUUACGUAAGAUUAAACAAAAUGGUUAUGCCACAUUCUUCAAUGGCAUUGCACAUACAUCAUGCUUUAGUUUACUUAAUACUAAUUAGACUCCCAUUCACAAAUAAAAAAGACAUCUUAUU